AUGUUCCGGACCUAUCCGAACAACGCCAGCAGAAAGGACCGAUGCAGAGAAUUUGAUUUGUGCUAUCAAUGUCUUAGAGGAGGCCAUCGGGCAACGACUUGCCCAGAUCGCUGCAAGCGCUGUCGUGGAAGGCACCAUCUAUCGAACAUGAUUCCGAUACCGGCUCACGGAGCCCCGCCAUGGCGGCGCGGAGGUCAACCGCAGAGCAAUGAGUUCUGUCCUUUUAAGUUGCUCGGGAACGUCUCGACCACCGAACUUCCGAAUGGAUUGCAACUUCAUCAAACGAAAUGUGGACCGCUUCUAUCGGGCAACGAGCACCAUUUCACAACUCUAUUGGGAACGAGCGAAACCAUGGCUGACCCGGAUGACAACGAAUCAAUCACACGUACAUGCGCGGAGACACCGGACACCGACAAACCAAGACGACGGAGUUCAAACCGGAAGUCAACGAUGUCGUCCUUAUCGAACAGGAGGGCGCCUCCAUCCACAAUUGGCCGAUGGCUUGGAUCACGGAAGUCAAAAGUCGCUCCGCCCAAGGCCGGAAGACCAGGAACUGCCAGCGGAGUCCCUCAGGAAGGAGGCGCCAACGAGGCACCGCCGCAGAGCUCUUGCGCCUACGGCUGGCGUGGCUCGAAGCAAGGGCGCGAGCUCGGGAGCUGUGGAUCCGAUACAUGGAGCUCCAGUCGGGAGUGUCACGGAUGA